AUGGACAGCCAAAAACCCUACUUGUUGACCGUGCGUGGCAACCCAUUAGACGAGUGGUGCACUGUUGAUCCCCAGUGUAUCAAUUCGCUUCCGAAAACUAUUCUUGCUGGUUAUGCACGAUACAAGGUUCGCCCUUAUAUUCCUACUCCUUUACGAUGUUUUAACUGUCAGAGGUUCGGCCAUUCGAAAAACGCUUGUCGAGGUAAACAGACUUGUUCCCGCUGUGCAUCCUUCGGACAUUCGAGUACAGAAUGCAAUGCAGAUCCCAAAUGUGCAAGGAAACUUGUGUAUCCCCAACCUUCUAAUACAUCAGCUUCAUUACCCUACUCACGAGUAGUCAAAAAUACUAUUUCUGGUUGUACUCAGACAGAUGAAAAAUUAACUCGAGUUGUUUGUCCUCCACUUACAAAGUUACAACCUUUUACAACUAAUAAAUCACAGCCAGAUACUAAUCCAUGUACUCCCGUUAUUGCUCAAAACCUUCCUUCACAAACUUCAAAGAAUCUUAAGAAAAAAGAAAAAUCAAAAUAUGAAACCAUAAAUUCGAAAUCAGCUGAUAAAAUGGAUGAAACCAGCUCUGAGCUUGAAACCAUAUCCACAGAUAAGUCCAAUCAAAAUACUGACACCGAAAUAGAAUCGGAUAAUACUAUUCAAUACAACCCUCACGAAACAAUUGAUGAAACCCCACCUGCUCCGGAACCUUCUACCGAUUUCACCUCAGUUGAGAAAACUGUUUUUACACAAGUUCCCCAAAAAUCGAACAGCGCCUUUAGACUCUCGGUUAUAGAUGCUCACUCUGAGAGAACAGCACCUGUAGGUGCUGAGGCGGAGUUACUCUUUCUGAACGAACAACGUCUUUUGGCGCCGUUCAUUUGUGACAUAUUCUACCCUGAAGCUCGCAUAAAAGAAAACUGGUUUUUGAAAAGAUCACGAGACAGCAUAAAUCGCCGGAAUGCUCGACAAUUGAAUCAAAUCCAUACAAAAGGAUUUAAAUCUUUGUGA